AUGGGUAAUACAGCCACCACUUUCUGUUGUCAGGCUGAUCCUAACGUAGACGCAGAGGAGCGUAGUUCGACGCCACUCAUUGCAGCUACAGCAUCGGGCAACAUAGAAAUGAUGCAGCUCCUCCUCGAGAACGGGGCGUGCACUUACUUCUGUGACCACCACGGCAACACUCCUCUCCACUGGGCGGCAAUGAAGGGCAACAUGGCCGCUGUCAACCUGCUGUGUCGCUAUGACAGCACCACCAAUUUACAGAACAAGCGCCACCGAACACCGAUCAUAGAAGCCCGCUGCUAUGGUCACCACGAUGUUGUGCAAUACCUGCUUCGUGCAGAGCACACUGAUGCUGCAUCCAAAGUGGACGAAAGUGGACAUACACGCGUUCCUGCCACUACUACUACCACCGCUACUCUCAUGGCAAGCAAUGCCCAAUCUUUUAGCUCUGUCUGCCCCAUUCUGCACGACAUGCUACUGCUACAAAUGCAUGCCACUGCGACCACUCCCCACCUAUGCUAG